CAAGAUGCAAGCACAGAUUAACCAAGUAUACAACCAUUAUUUAAGAUACACCAUCUCAAACCGGGUAUACAACCUACAGGCUACAAUGGCCAAAAAAUAAAAAUUCGUUCACACAGCAAUUGAUCAUUGAAAAUGAAGAUGGCUGAAUCAGUAAAGAAACUAUUAAAACGAAACAAACCAGGAACAAAAGCCAAUUUCUUCCGUAAAUGGCCUGACGAACCGUUUGAAGAGAUGGAAAGUACAUUAGCUGUUCAAGAGUUUAUUCAGCAACAAAUACGUAUAGAUCCGAGUAAUAUUGAUAUCAUAUUGACACCGCCAGAUUCACAAGAAGAAGGAGUUUGGAAAUACGAACACCUAAGGCAGUUUUGUAUGGAAUUGAAUGGGCUAGCGGUUGAAUUGCAAACUGAAUGUUUACCCGAUACAUGUAGCCAAAUGACAUCAACUGAACAGUGGAUAUUUUUAUGCGCUGCGCAUAAAACUCCUAAGGAAUGUCCUGCUAUUGAUUACACCCGCCACACUUUAGAUGGAGCUGCUUGUUUAUUAAACAGCAACAAAUAUUUUCCUAGCAGAGUUAAUAUUAAAGAAUCAUCAGUGGCGAAAUUGGGAUCUGUUUGUCGGCGAGUGUAUAGGAUAUUUUCCCAUGCAUACUACCAUCAUCAAAACAUUUAUAAUAAAUUUGAGAAUGAAACAUACUUAUGCCAGAGGUUUACAAAAUUUGUGAUUAAAUACAGCUUAAUGGCAAAAGAAAACCUGAUUGUGCCUAUGCCUGAUGCAAUUAUGCAAGGUAUACGAACCGAAGAGGAUGGAACAACAUCAAUUAAAGAGCCAUAACUUAACCUUCCUUAGUACCGCGGUAAUCGUUUUUUUCAAAUGUUCUGCGAGACACUGGCCUAUUAACAUGAUCUGAUACCUUGUCAGCUCCCUGGUAUCUAAAAUUAAAAUACUCUAAUUAAUUAAUUUUACGCAUACAGUAAAUUAUACAUUUAUACACUUAACUAGGAAACAUUAUAAAAUCUAUUUUUUUUAAAUUAAUUUUUUUUUUGUAUUUUGUCGGUUAGACAAUUAACUAAUAACUAUUUAUUAUAUUAGAUUAUUGUAGGCUUACCCAGGUAAACUAGGAUGAAGGUGAUUUUUGGAUAAAAGAAUAUGAAUUGAAGGUAGUCUUCUUGUUGUAAUUGUUUGAGAUACUUUACCAUCAAUCAUCUCAUCCUUAAUCAUCCUUACACUGUAAGUAAAUAUAUUACUAUUUAUAAAACGUCUCCCAAAAUUAGUUACAUUUUAACUUUUUAACAAAAAAAUAUAUUUGUAAACUUACAAUAAAAGUGUAAAUGUUAAGUAUACUAAACAAUUUGUAGUAUUCUAGUAUUUAUUUUGUAAUGGUGCCAUAAACCACAAUUUACAGUGAAAAUUCAAUUUAUAAUUAUAUUUAAAAAACAAUCACAUUACUUUGGUUUUUUAUUUGUAUACAUAGGAAAUUAUACUUUUAAGUUAUAACAAUAAACAUAAUUACUUAUCUUGUA